AUGGGAGUAUCGGAUCCCGAGAGCGACAAGUUAACUGGGCAAAGUUUCGUGGCAUCCGCUAUUCGCAAUCUCCUUCCCAAAGAUGUGGUGGAUUCACAGCCCAACCUUGUUAUUCACCACGGUGGCCAACCUGGGACCGAGUACAACAAUCCUUGUUUUUUUCCAGGUCUGUAUCCCACUCUUUUUCCUUAUGGGCUUGGGGGCUUCGAAAUCAAGACACAAGCUAAGUACUUCUUAUCCCUGUCCGAUCGUGCGUUUCAUUAUCAUAACAGUUUCAUAUUUAUCCUGCUGAACAUAUUGCAGCAUCUACAGGCUCAUCUCCAGACCUAUUUCACUGUGGGCAAAUCGAACUUUGAUAGUGUCGCCUGCAAACUCACGACCAGGUCGCUGCUCCUGCUUGAACGUGUGGCUGUUAAGCUUGAACAGGAACGUAAAUUGGCCAAUCCAACCGCUGAGGAGCGUAACGCCCUGCAACUAUUGCAGCAAGUGAACAUCAUGUCUGCUCGCAUUCCUGGGUUGCAGGCCUCGAAAAUAUUCGUGAGGAAUGAGAUUUGCAACUACUACGGGUAUUUUGGCUUGCCCCACAUAUUCUUCACCUUUAACCUCAGCCCUGCUCACAGUCCCAUUUUUCAGGUAAUGUUUGGCGACAAAACGGUGGACCUCAGCAAGCGUUUUCCUGUGAUGCCCUGUGGGCGUGAAUGUGUGCUCAGACUUGCACAGGAUCCUGUAGCUGCAGCAGACUUUUUUGAGCUCUCUUUCAGGUCCCUAUUCCGACACCUUUUGGGGUGGGACUUCGAAGCCAGACGUUCCACUGCUUCUGGUGGUAUCCUCGGGUGUGUUUGCGCUUUCUAUGGUACCUCAGAG